GUACAAACAAAACUUCCAAUCAGUUCAGUGUUUUGUUUAGAAACUCCGCAAGCUACACAAAAAUCCACAAAAUCUCCGCUCCAAUGUCUGGUGAAACGGAUGCGUGUGCGAUGGAGGACAGCACGCGCAAGUGUACAGCGUGUUUCUCCUUCAGCGAGUCAGAAUAUUUGAACAUCUUUGCCGAGGAAAAUGUGGGGAAGGACAUUGCCACCGUCAUUGCCAUGCAUCUUUGGUUUGAGGUCACUCCCACGGACGAAUGUCAAUGGAUCUGCCGGACCUGUUGGACAAGCUUGGACUCGUUUCACAGCUUCUACGUCAGCAUUGAGCAGCGGCACGAACGGCACACGGACAAGCUGCGUGUGGACAGUAUCGUCGACAGUGAGCAAGCUGCGAGCCCGUCCCCUGCCAGUCCGACGUACAAUACGGAGUUUCUGGAGAUAAAGGGCGAACCGCUGGACGGCGACGACGAGCUGGAGGACCUGGACGACGAGGAGGAGGAGGAGUUCGAUCUUACGGAAGAUGGCGAUGGCAGUUGCGGUGGAAGUGACAAAAUGCUACCGAGCGAAGAGAUCAAGAGCGAAAGUGAUUCGGAUGGAGAAGGAGGAAGCGUAUCGCCCCGUGCGGAAGAGGGCAGGAAUAGGCAACGACCGUCCCGAUCCCGCAAUACGUCCCGCGCUCCCAAACGCGAUGCCGAAGAGCAGCUGGCGAAACGGAAGGCCGGCGGUCGGUUUCCGGCCGAUCCGGAGGAGGACAAGAACAUCCUGCAGUUCUACAAGCGCAUCGUGUGCGAGGUGUGCGACAACAAGCGGAUGAUGGUGGGCGAGCCGCUGAUAGAGUACGCGACGUGGGGUGAGCUGCUGCGGCACACGAAGGAACUGCACGGCCAUUACAAAAUCUUCGUCCAGUGUCCGGUGUGCGAGAUGAAGCUGCGCACGAAGGUGACGCUGGUGCAGCACAUGGACAUGCACCAGAACCCGGACAAGUAUCGGUGCGAGGUGUGCGGCGAGGUGUUCCAGAACAUGAAGGAGCACAUGCAGAACAAGCACGAGGAGCGACAGUUUAGCUGCGAUCAGUGCGGCAGCAAGUUCCCGUUCAAGAAGCGGCUCGUGGUGCACAUGAAGAAAAUGCACGGCGAAAAGGAUGUCACGUGCGAGCAGUGCGGAAAAUCCUUCACAAAGUACACGAUCGAGGAUCAUCGGCGUUCGGUGCACAUGGACCGGUUCGUGUGUGAGCAUUGUCCGAAAACGUUCAAAAUUCGGUUCCGCCUGCACAAGCACAUGCAGGAGCACGAUAAAAGCCUGCGCAUCUCGACCUCCGUGCCGUGCCCGACCUGCGGGCAGGUGAUGGGCGACAAGUACAUCCUCCGCCAGCACAUCAAGCAUAUGCACGUCGAGCAGCAGGCGGUGGAUUGUGAGACGUGCGGGAAAACGUUUAAAAACCAUCGCAACCUCAAGAUACACCUCACGAACGUGUGCAUGAAGCCGGUGCAGCUGCAUCCGUGCGCAAUCUGUGGCAAGCAGUUUCGGCACAAGAACAAGCUGAAGGACCAUAUGGCGUCCUGCACGCCGAAUUGAGGUGUGUAGGUGUGGUAUAGUAGCGUCCACACGUCCCACACACCUUCGAUUGGUCCGCUAGUGGCCGGUGAUGAUGCUCCGCGAUUGGAGCGCAUCCAAAAGUUGUGAUAUUUGUUUAUUAAUUGAAAGAUAUGUGUUACUUGUAAAGUGAAGAGGUGCUGGUGGGUGUAUAUAAA